UGGCGGCGCCCAUGCGGUGAGGAUGUCGGGGCGCGGUGUGUGGCUGCGGGCGCGGGCGCGGCUCCGGCGCUUCCCGGCGGCGCUGGCGGCGUGCGGGGACCAGGCCGCGGCCUACGGGCGGUGCGUGGCGGCGGCGGCGGCCGGGCCGGCGGAGCUGCGGCGGGACACGUGCCUGCAGGAGUUCCAGGCGCUGCGGGAAUGCUUCGCCCGGGCGGCGAAGGCGACACCAAAGUGACCCCAUAGUGUCACCCCCGCGAGAUUCUCCGGAGGACUCAAACCCUCAAACGCACCGGUUUGCCCUCAAAUGACGGAACACCCCCCCACCUCGCUCCCGGGGCUCCCGGAGGAGGAGCAGCCCCGGGCUGGGUGAGGGUCACAGAUCUAUAUUUAUUAAAAAAAAAAAAAAAUUUGCGAUCAAAA